AUGGGGGAAAACCUGAGGGUAACAUAUGAAAAAUGCGAAAAGGUGGUAAAAAAGCUAAGGGGGGAAGUAGAAGGAUUGCUGAGGGAUGUGGUGUCUGUAAGGAAGGAAAAAGAGGAUAAAAUGAAGGAGAUGGAAGAAGACAUUAAGUCAACAGCACUUUCAGUUGAUGAAAUGAUGGUUCGAUUUUUUGGUCGUACGAGCUUGAAACAGUAUCUGCCUUGCAAGCCUGAUCGAUAUGGGAUAAAGCUCUGGGGCUUAUGUGCAGCCAAUGGAUAUCUAUUCAAUUUAGACGUUUAUUGUGGCAAAAAUGAUCCAAGCAUUGGAAUAAAUUUAUUGGCAUGUGCACUUGGCUCCAGAGUUGUUUUACAAAUGAUCAAUCCACUUCUCAAUGGCCUUUCACGAAAAAAAUUAUCUGAUUAUCAUCUUUAUUGUGAUCAUUUCUUUACCAGCCCAGAUUUACUCAUCCACCUGCAUAAAUGUGGUUUACGAUCAACAGGAACUGUACGUAAAGACAGAGUGAAAGAAAAGCAUGAAUUUGCAAAAAAUGAUCCGCGAGGAUCGUACAAAGUAACAUGUGGUAUCACUCCCAUAACCCCAGUGAAAAGAUUUUCACGAGCUGCUCAAGAGAGAGUACAACUAGGAUUUCCUCGAGCUUUUUCUUUGUAUAAUAAUUACAUGGGAAGGGUAGAUUUGCACGAUUUCAGAUGCAAAAAAACGCUAGAGCUCCGGUAUUAUUCUACGGAUAAUCCCGUUAACCAGAAGCAGCAAGAAGAACUGAUUAACACUGGAAGUAACAAAUUCCAUACUACGUAA